ACAUCUUUUCAGAUACGCCAGGCAGCACAUCGGUAAUCAAACAUCACAUAAGACUCACAACAGAAAUACCAGUUAAGACAAAACCAUAUCCCAUCCCGCUGCACUAUCAAAAACAAGUAGAGGCUGAAAUAUCUGAAUUGGAAAAAUGUGGUAUUAUUAGGAGGUCAUCUUCCAACUAUUCAUCACCGCUGGUAAUCGUCAAAAAGAAAGACAGUACACUCCGAAUCUGCGUGGAUUAUCGUAAAAAAAACACCAUUACCCAUUUGGAUGCUGAACCAAUCCCAAAUGCAGAUGAACUUAUUGCAACCAUGUGCCAAUCACAAUUCUUUUCAAAAUUGGACCUCACUAAGGGUUACUGGCAAAUUCCAGUUACCGAAGAAUCAAGGCAUAUUACUGCAUAUGCCACACCGACGGGAUUGUUCGAAUGGUGCAAAAUGCCUUUUGGAUUACAAAAUUCGCCUGCAACAUUUGUUCGCAUGAUGCGCAUUGUAUUUAAGUAUAUUAAGAAUGUUGCCACAAAUAUGGACGAUAUUUGUAUUCACAAUGCAAAUAUGCAGGACCACAUUUCUUCCUUAACCCAGGUAUUUAAGAGAUUAAGAGAAUUCGGCUUGAAAGUAAAACCUAGUAAAGUAGAAAUCGGGUUCACAAAAAUUGAUUUCCUGGGUCACAAGAUCGACAAUGGAUUCUUACAAACAGAUGACAAAAUUAUUUCAAAAAUAUUGGAUAUUAAAGCCCCAAAAACAAAAAAGCAAGUUCGAUCAAUGCUGGGACUGAUAAACUAUUACAAUAAAUUUCUACCUGACUGUGCUUGCAUGACAGCAGCAUUAUCUUCACUCGUUAAGAAGGGAUUGCCUACAAAGAUAGCAUGGACCCCGCAGCUGGAACAAAUUCUGACCAAUAUCAAAACAACUUUCUCGAAGUCACCAAUCUUAAAGUUACCUGACCUCGAAAAACCCUUCAUCUUACAGUGCAAUGCAAGUGGGUAUUCCAUAUCAUGUAUUUUAUUACAGGAACAUGAGAACAUUCUCCUCCCAGUACUUUAUUCCAGUCGGAAGCUGUCAGAAGCAGAGAAACGUUACACCACAGUAGAACUUGAAGCACUUUCUCUUGUGGUGGGGGUUACGAAAUUUGCAAAAUAUUUGCUUGGCAGGAAGUUUAUAGUACAGACAGACAACAAACCACUGACAGUCUUUAAAGAAGGAACACCGAAGAAUCAUCGUAUUUACAGAUGGAGUCUACUUUUGCAGAACUACAGCUUUGAAUUAGUCCACAUCAGUGGCAUAAAUAAUGCCCUGGCUGACAUCCUGUCACGUCUUUAA